UCCAAAACAAAACACACACUCUACUCUCUUCUCUAAUGCACAAACAAGCCCAUUAGCGAUUGACACGCACAAGUAAAGGAGACAAAAUUAUGUAGGACUAACAGAGAAGAAGGGAAGAUUAGAGUGGAAUGUGGUUUCUAACUGCCAAUUCUCAGUGAUCAUGACUCCAAUAUGGACUGGAAAAUGUCUGCAGCUGCUGCUGUGCAUGUCUGUGCUCUCACAGACUGAAGGAGGAUCAAAGAGAAAAAAGCGGGAGUGGAUUAUACCUGCCAGAAAACUCAUGGAGAAUGUUGACUACACAAAACAGGAAUUCAUAGCUAAAAUCUGGUCUGAUAAGCACACACAGGCGAGUCCGUUGGAGUACAGUCUGACAGGACGCGGUGCAGACAUUGAGCCUUAUAACCUCUUUAUUGUCAACCCUCAAAAUGGCCUUGUCAGAAUCACAGGGAUUCUGGACAGAGAGGAGAUAUCACAGUAUGAUUUAAAAGGACUAGGUAAAUACAGAAAUGGCAGUCUGGCAGAAGGAGAGGUGCAGCUGAAAAUACAGGUUUUGGAUCAGAACGACAAUCCACCAAAGUUCAGCUUCUCCCAAGGGUCUGUGAAGGAAGGCAGAAAAAUAGGAACUCCUGUAAUGCAGAUAAAAGCUGAGGAUGCAGAUGAGCCAGGAACAAGCCAUACUAAAAUUGCGUACAGUAUAGUGAAGCAGAUUCCAGAAGAAUCCGGUCCUAUGUUCUCCAUUAACAGAGACACUGGGAAACUCUAUGUAAAACAGCACACUCUCGAUAGAGAGACACUCGAUUCCUACACGUUAAUAGUGCAGGGUGUGGAUAUGGACGGAGCUCCAAAUGGCAACACAGGAACUGGUACUGUGCAGAUUAAAGUUCUGGACAUCAAUGACCAUGUUCCCACUCUAGAACAAGAUGAGUACACAGGUUAUGUAGAUGAAGGUGCAGCAGAUGUGGUGGUGAUGAGAAUCAAAGCUCUGGAUAAAGACUUGGAGAACACAGAGAACUGGCUGGCUCACUUUGAAAUAAUCGAGGGGAAUGAAGAUGGAGUCUUUAGCAUAGAGACAGAUCCCAAAACCAAUGAAGGCCUUCUUAAGCUGGUCAAGCCUGUGGAUUAUGAAAAGGUCAAGCAGCUGAAUCUGGGCCUGGUCAUUUCAAAUGUGGCUCCUUUUGCUAAUGGGACUGAAAAAUCUCUGGAUUCAGACAAACAAAUGGGAGGCACCGGAUCUGGACUAAGACCUGAAAAACCUGACAAAAGGCCACUAACUCAAGAAGGAAAAAGAUACUCAGUAAAAGUGUUUGUCAACAAUUUAUCUGAUGGUAUAUUCUUUUCACCAUCUGUAAAGUUGUUCUCUGUAUCAGAAGAUCCAGAGAAAAUUAAAGUUCCUGAAAUCAUUGGUUCCUUUCCUGCUAUAGAUGGUGAUACUGAACAAAUUGCUAAAAAUAUCAGGUAUGCGAAAGGAUAUGAUCCAGAUAACUGGCUGUCCAUAAAUGAGCAGACAUCCGAAAUUAAACUUGUGAAGACUCCAGAUCGAGAGUCAACAUUUCUGGUCAAUGGUACCUAUUUUGCCAAGAUCAUCUGCAUCACCCAAGAUGUACCUCCAAAGACUGCUACAGGAACAAUAGCAUUACAGGUGGAAGACUCUAAUGACCACUGUCCUAAACUGACCAGCACCUAUCAGAGCGUCUGCUCUGAUACCAAAAUCAUAAACGUCACUGCAUUUGAUGAGGACGUCAAUCCAAACGGAGAGCCUUAUAAAUUUGUGCUCAUAGAGGAGGAGACUCGUGGAAAAUGGGAAAUAGUUCCUGUAAAUGGAACAACUGUGAGCUUCCAUGCCCAGGAGUUGCUGUGGCCAGGCUUUUAUGAGCUGACUGUGGAGAUCUUUGAUGUGAAGGGUCUGGGCUGUGAGGACAGACAGAAGCUUCAGGUGGAGGUGUGUACCUGUGAUGAAGACGAUGCUUGUGUUGCGGCUCUCAGGGUAGCUAAAAGUCGUGUCUCUUCAGUCAAAGUGGGAGUUCCAGCCAUCGGACUGCUGGUGGCAGGCAUGGCUUUGCUCAUGUUGGUUCCCAUGUUGCUGUUGUUCUGCCAGUGUGGGGCAGUGAAUGAAUUCAUGGAGCUGCCAUUUGAUACCAAAGAGCACUUGAUCUCUUAUCACACUGAAGGAAAAGGAGAAGACAAGGAGGUGCCAAUUCUGAGUUUUUCAGAACAACAAACCAAAUCAGUGGCUGGUAACCCUGGUAGCAACGUCUCCACAAUGCUUUCUCAUGGCCGUGGACAAGUUAUGGGGAUUGGUACCAUGUUUGAGUACCAAAAUAACACCUUAUCAUGUGAGCAUCAUAGAAGCCACAUCUGCUCUUCACUGUUCAGGCAUGAGGUGCAAGAUACCUAUGGAGAGAUAGCACUGCCUGAUAACUAUCUACGUGACUAUUUUAUUCAGAAAGUAAGAUAUGGAGCUGGAAACCCACCUCUCACAGACAGUCUGUUGGUAUACGACCAUGAAGGUCAGGAUUCUCCUGUUGGCUCACUGGGCUGCUGCAGUCUCCUUGAGUCAAGCAACAGUCUGGCAUUUCUUAAUGACUUGGGUCCAAAAUUCAUGGCUUUAGCAGAGAUUUGCAGUGCUCCAGAACCAUGUUCACCAUUGUCAGAAGAUAAAAUCAAUGGUAAUGUACUGGACACCAACAUCACCAGUGUAGAUCAUGAUUCAAAGCCUGUUACACCGUUACCGGAUCAAGACAAAGCUGAUACCGAAGCACUCAAUAAUAAUUUAGAUAAUCUGUCCACCAUGCACACUAAUCAGAUACAACUUGUACAGCAGAAUCAGCCUCUUUACUAUUUAGUGGAACAUCAGGAAAUCAAAGCCAAUUCCAGCACCAUGAGCUGCCUGGGAGUGAGAAAGUGGUGCUAG